UUGCUCUCGCGCGCGAAUCGGAUAUCGCUCGUGCGAUAUAUGUGGUUCCUCGUAGUUCUCUGGUGUGAGUUAGGCAUCUUCUACUACAGUACUGCUACCUGUACAUGGCCCGAGCCUGCUCACCGCUCCGGUGCGCGGUCCCAACGUAUUCUUAUUGUUGCGGAUCCGCAAGUCCUCAAUCACGAUUCGUAUCCUGGUCGUAAUCCUUGGCUCAUGUCUCUCAGCCAAUAUAUCGUCGACCUCAACCUGAGAAAGUCCUGGCGAGCCGCAAAGGCGACGCGUCCGGACGCGGUCGUAUUUCUUGGAGACAUGAUGGACAACGGCCGGGAUGAUUUUAGAUAUAACGCUUACCUCCAUCGUUUCUAUAAUAUAUUCUCCCCGAUAUCAACGGCCCCUAUCUAUUAUUUGCCAGGCAAUCACGAUGUCGGAAUUGGUGCUACAGCAGACAAGAAGAAAAUGGCGCGCCUACGGUAUAUGUCGAAUUUUGGGCCGUUGAAUCAGCACGUCUCGCUGGCAAAUCAUUCCCUCGUGCUCAUAGACGCGCCCAUUCUGGUCGAGGAAGAUCGGGUACGUAAACAACAGGGUCAAGAGGGCACCCAAUGGCUGCCAAAGGAACUCAAAGAAGCCAAGUUCAUUCACUCGCUGAAUUCUGGCGGGAAUCUGCCACGCAAACCAUUGAUUUUAUUCUCACACAUCCCACUCUCUCGUCCCGAAGGCGCCUCCUGCGGGCCUCUACGUGAGAAAGGCUGGAUCCGCGCUGGGCGAGGCGCCGGGUACGAAAACACGCUGUCGCAGGCAACCACCAAUAUGCUUCUGGAAACUUUCCGGCCCUCGCUCGUAUUCAGCGGCGACGACCACGAUUAUUGUGAAUACACGCAUAGACUUCGCAUCGAAGAUGAUUCGCCGAUCACGCCUACGGAGGUGCGCGAGGUGUCCGUCAAAUCGUUUUCUAUGGCCAUGGGUAUCGCCCGCCCAGGCUUUCAUCUCCUCUCGCUGUCCCCCUCGGGCCCCCCUUACUCACAGCAAGACGACGCACCCCUUUCCACGUUUGCCGACCGCCCGUGCUUCCUCCCGAACCAGCUGAGCAUAUACAUCUGGAUAUACCUACCUCUCUUCCUCCUCACGCUGUGCGUGAUC